AUGGCGAAGGAAAUUGCGGACGAAUACGCAUCAAGCCUAUCGGAUUUGACUGUAAACAGCAAACCCCUUAUUAAUAUGCUGACUAUACUCGCGGAAGAGAACAUCGAGCAUGCAGGAGUUAUCGUUGAGACAGUGGAGAAGCAUUUGGAGAAGGUGCCUCCAGACAUCAAGCUGCCGGUACUCUAUUUAGUAGAUUCCAUUAUCAAGAAUGUCGGUGGUGCGUACACGCAGAAGUUCUCACAGAUCAUCGUUAAUAUGUUCACAAAGACCUUCAAACAGGUCGAUGAGAAGAUUCGUUCACAAAUGUUCAAGUUGCGGGAAACAUGGCAUGAAGUAUUCCCGUCGACUAAGUUGUAUCAACUGGAUGUCAAAGUGAACCUGAUUGAUCCCGCGUGGCCGAUCCAGGCUCAACCGCAGCAGUCUAACAUCCAUGUAAAUCCAAGUUUUCUGAAAAAGCCAACACCGACAACCAGUGCUGCAACGCUUUCAGAAGAAGAGGAAAAAAUGCGUGCCAUACUAGCUAAGAAAGAACAAGAACUACUCAUGCUGCAGAGGAAAAAAGUGGAAAUGGAACUUGAACAGACUCGGAGACAGUUACAGAUGGCUGAGAAAGUUCACAAGAAGCCGCCCCUAUUGCACCCCCCGGGGCUAAUCGCGCCGCCAGCGGAGUCCCCGCCGGUCAAUCUAGCGCCUACAACUAUUCCUGCAGCCCCAAUAUCUUCGCCAGUACUCUCCAUCAAGCAACGGCUUGGACCUCCUGUUAACAAAUCGGCGGGUCGUAUCGCUCCAGUCACGGGUCCAUUGAGCGGCGCGCGGCGUGAUCCUCGACUUGCAAGGAGACAGCCACCACCUACCACCACUGCUACCACAAUCGCCCCGAACGUAUUCGACAUCAAACCUCUACACCGUCCAGCCAAAAGAAGCGCAGUCAUCACCAUCGAAGUAGCUACCGACUCGCGACGCAAGGAAAGGAAAGAAACACGAACCAAACUAGAAAACGGAAACGGAGAUUCAGUACACACAUAUAUAGACAGACUGAGAAUACCAGACCCCAAGAAGAUAAACAAACUCCCUCCCAUACCGAAGAUACGACGGGACAGAGACGACCCGCCUUCCAAGAAGAAGAAAGAACUCAGAGAGAGGAAGAAGAAAAGGGAUAAAGAAGGGUCGACUUCUUCCUCUCCCGACAAGAAGAAAGAUAAGAAGAUUUAUAAUAAAGAAAGGAUCGACGAAGACCAGCAGUACGCGCCGGAAAAAGUCUCCUUCAAGGAGUUAAAGAACUUCAACAAGAAACACUACAUGCGGAGAAAUAAAGAAAAGUCGGAGAGUCCGGAGAGAAUAGAUAAAGAAGAUAAGAAAACUACAGAAGAAUCUACAAAUCCGCCUGAGAUAAUCCCUGAGACUAAAGACGUAGACCUUCGUGUAUUGCAUCCCGUUAUUCCAGAAACUGCUAAGGCUAUCGCUCAGAAGAGACCGUCCACUGAGAUGCUCGAGGGCAAACCUAAGAAAAAUAAACUCGAUAAAUUCGAUAUUCUUUUUGGAAACGAAGACGUAGAUCUUCGUCAGUUGCCUCAAGUUGAAGAGGCGAACGCACCACCGCCACCAUCUAUAUCUGAAAUAAAUUCUGUAUCUAAAGAGGAAGUUGACCAAGAAGAAUCUGAUGAUGUAAUAGCGUCGCCCGUUCGUUCUCCCAAAAAAGAUUGGCAAGAAGUUAAAGAAAAAGAAGAAACUAAAAAGACACCUUCGAAGUUAGAUCUCGUUAGAGCAAAAUUGGCGGAAGCUACAAAAGUAAAAGAUGGCUUAGGACGUCCGCUACUUUUCAGUAAGUCACCAAGCAUAGAAAGAGAAAGACGUCGAACAUUUAGUUCUGAUGAAGCUGAAGUUAAAACUGAUAGCAACGAAGAAUUUGACGCCGAUGAUCAUAAGAAAACUAUAUCUAUUAUCAUGAAUCAGGCAAAAGAACAGUUCAGUGACGGUCAGCUAGAUAAAAAUCAGUACAACACAUUGAUGUACCAAGUGUUGCAACUCAAUGAGAAGCUCAAAUUAAAGGAAGCGAAGCAAAGGGAAUCCCUAGAAAUAUCGAAACGAAAAUUGAAAGCCCACGUCACAGAAGAUAAAAAAGUACCUUCACCGAAGUCGUCCCCGUCGGAAAGAAAUAAGUUCGGUGACAUAGAUGAACGAGUGCCCGUCGGUGGAUUUUCUGAUUCAGAAAACAACAAUCAAGACUCUGAUAUGCGUCAAAAUCAUCACGACAAUAUAGAUGGGAAUAAAAGUGGUUUUCCAAUGCCGCCUAUGAUGCCACCGAUGUACAUGGGACCUUUCCCAAUGUGGCGAGGUCAACCGCGACCUAGAAUGGAAGAGUUCGGCCCUCGACGGUUUAGAGGUCCGUUCUUUAGAGGAAAGUUUGACAAAAGAGGACCAAGACCACCUUUCGAUAUGAGAAUGCCUCUACUCCCCACUCCUAAACUCGGUAUGUGCCAAGGCGAAUGUCCUCUAAAGCCUUACGAAAGGUCAAUUUCCCCUCCACCACUCGGCGCUCCCGGAUACACAUUGCCUCCCACCGAUUACAAAAUAUUGGAAUAUAUCGACCAGGAUCCGGUCAAAACUAUCCAAAUAGACGGUAUUCCGAGAGAAAUAAGAUUCUACGGCGAGACUGCCAUCAUCAUGCUUGACUGGGACGACCCUAGAGUUAUAAAAUUCUUACCAGGUUGUCGAAGAGUCACGUUUGAUAAUAAAGAUUCAGUUGUAUUGACUUUCAACGAGGGUUACAAGAAGGUGGAAAUAGACGACCAAGUCUUCGAUAUCAGGUUCGGUGCGCCGACCCGAGAACUAUUCAUAAAUGGCAGGUGGUAUGAAUGUUUCUUUGGCGGUCAACCGUUAGGCGUCAUAAUAGACGGCAAACCGCGAUUAGUGCAUUUAGAAGGACCCUUACCACAAGUAGAUAUAGGAAAAACGAAACGAACAGAUUUAGUAGCCGGCAAAAUAAACCUUAUAAUAAACGCGACAAAUAUUUGUCCGGUUUACUUGGACGCUAAAGUUCAGAAGUUCCACGUCAAUGGACAUUUCUUUACGAUUCGUUUCGUAGAUUCUUUGAAGACCGUUCUAAUUAACGAGCAGCCGUUCAAAGUGGAGUAUGGGGAUCUCCCGAAGCCAAUAUUCGUUAAUGGUGAGAAAUACUUUGUGAGGUUUUCAGCACUGCCCAAGAACAUAAAACCGGGUCAAGUAGAGAUAGCUGAUAUGGAAGGCUGUAAACCAUCAACAGAACCCGAAAAACCUCCCACAGUAACCGAGAACGAAGAGGUCCCGAUGGAAACUGAUUCUGAACAACCAAUUGAAGCUCCAGUGAAAUCCCCAAGUCCGGAAGGUGAAAUGAAAGGUUUGGAUAUGCUAGCAAAUUUCAUGCCGAGUGAUAUGGCCCCGGCUUCAAGCUCUGAAUACAGUUCAGCUGAGCCUCUAUUCACAAAACCGGAAGUGAUCCCAGGAUUGGAAACUCCCGCUGAAGAAAAACCAGCCACUUCCCUGCCUCUUUUGGGCGGCAUCAAUGUCAAUGACCUCUACGCCCAAUUAGUUGCUACCGGCAUAGUGCCGAUGUUGAACGAAGUGAAACCAGAGAAAAAAACUGAAGUUCCCGAAAUCGAGGAGACGAAAAUAAAACCCAAAGAUGAUAAGAACGUCAUCCAUAAAGUGGAUCUACUGAAACCUGAAACACUUCGGAUUAAGCAGCGCGGUCUAGUGCUGAAACUAUACAGCGGUAUGCAGUGCAGCGGCUGUGGCGCGCGUUUCCCUCCUGAGCACACUGUCCGCUAUUCACAGCACUUAGACUGGCAUUUCAGACAGAACAGACGCGAGAGGGACUCGGCACGAAGGGCUCAUUCACGGCACUGGCACUACGAUCUAUCAGACUGGCUGUUGUAUGAAGAGCUUGAAGAUCUGGAAGAACGAGAGAAGAGUUGGUUUGAGACGGGUGGUUCCGAAGAAACACCAGUUCAAGUAGAAGCUGUUGUAGAGGAAAGUCCUAGCACAGCGGCAGGCGGGGCGCCGCAACAUAACUGUGCUUUAUGUGGAGAUAGGUUCCAUCAAUUCUACAACGAAGAUCAAGAGGAAUGGCAUCUACGGAACGCUGUAAAACAUCAGGAUAGUUACUAUCAUCCACUGUGUUUGCAGGACUAUAAGGCUUCUCUAACAAAGGAAGAGCCUCAAGUUGAGGAGGCAGCGGUUGAUGUUGAUGAAGAACCUCCAACUGCUAUAGAGAUAGGAGACACUGCCGAGCUAUCUGAUACAGAAUCUGUGGUUGAAGUAUUGGAGACAGAACCUAUGGAACCCGUUGAGAUUGAAGCUGAUGAUGAUGAUGUGGUAUUAAACGCUGAGCCCGUGGAACAGUUGGAGGUUGAUGAUGAAGACACGGAUGAUGAAACUACCGAGACGAGGAGGCAGAGGGACCAACUGGCACAAGUUGACUUUGCCAACAUCAAGAUCAAACAGGAACCUAUUGAUCCAGAUGAUGAACCAAUUAUAACAGCAGAAGUAGAAAGCAUCCCGCCAACGAUCGACACAACACAUACAACGGUUACAUCAUCCAUAGAUGGUAAUGUUCAGCUCGAUGAUGCUACAUUAACACCAGCCCUGCCUAUCGGUGGCAUAAGGAUUAACAUAUCCAAAGCAAUUACCAGUUUUGUUACUAAUCAAGAGAGUUCGGACAAAUCUCUUGAAGAUAUUAGUACCGAGGAUGAACCCUUGCCUCCCGGGGAAGAACCAGAAAUGGAGUACGAGCUAAAACCUUCAAUGAAAGACAUUAAAUUCAGCAGACAACCACCGGUUCAAAAAGGUAGUGAAUUAUCAGGAUUGUGUUCUAUAAUGUGA